UCACGGCUUCCGGCGCGCGUCGUACGCGGGUGUGAGCGUAGCAGGGCUUCGGAGUGAAUUUCCCCGAGAUCUGCUUCACCUGCGCGUCUCUGCCCCGAUCAGGAGCCUUUGUCCCCCGCGAGAGAAGAGCGAUGGGCUUCAGAAAGAAGAACAAGAGUCCUCCCGUGCUGAGCCACGAGUUUGUGAUCCAGAAUCACGCGGAUAUGGUGUCGUGUGUGGCCAUGAUCGUCCUGCUGGGGCUCAUGUUUGAGGUGACAGCAAAAUUUGCUAUUAUGUUCAUCACAGUCCAGUAUAAUGUCACACAAAGCCUGGAUACAGAUGCAGAGGACAAGCCUGAGCCUGUCAACUACUACAAAUACGGUCCCAAGGACAUCGCCACUGUCUUCUUUUACCUGCUCAUUGCCAUAAUUCUUCAUGCCCUGAUUCAAGAGUACAUACUCGACAAAAUCAAUCGUCGGCUACACUUGUCCAAAACCAAGCACAGCAAGUUCAAUGAGUCGGGACAGCUGGCCACCUUCUACUUGUUCUCCUUCGUCUGGGGCUGCAGCAUCCUCACCAAUGAGGAGUUUGUGACAAAUCCAACGUUUCUUUGGGAAGGUUAUCCUCACAUCCACAUGGCUUUCCAAGUGAAGUUUUUCUAUAUCUGUCAGAUUGCCUACUGGUUCCAUGCUCUUCCUGAGCUGUAUUUUCAGAAAGUACGAAAGGAGGACAUUCCACGUCAACUUUACUACAUUUGCCUUUAUAUAUUUCACAUCACUGGUGCCUACGUCCUGAAUCUCCACCGUCUGGGUCUGGUUCUUCUGGUGCCGCAUUAUCUGGUAGAGCUGCUCUUUCACGCCUCGCGACUCUUCUACUUCAGUGAUGAAAACAAGCAGAAGGGGUUCACGCUGUGGGCUCUGCUGUUUGUCAUCACCCGCCUCCUGACGCUCACCGUUUCUGUCCUGACGUUUGGUUUUGGUCUGUCCCGCACAGAUAAUCAGGGAUUCUCUUUAGCAGAGGGAAACUUUAAUGUGCUGACUGUCAGGAUGACAUGCCUGUCAGCCAUCUGCCUGACCCAGGCCUGGAUGAUGUGGAAAUUCAUCAAUUUCCAGCUGAAGAAGUGGAGAGAACAAUCUCAAAUCCAGGCCAGCAAGAAGAAAGCUGUCAGCCCGAAAAGCAGACCCAGCAAGAAGGACUCUCGAGGGGGUUCAGUCAAUGGAGUCAUGAAACCAGAUGACAAGACGUCGCCAAGAGCAAGAAAAUCUAAAGCCUCGUAAGAGGAAACCGAGAGCAGGUGCCCAAAAUGUGAUGCUCUGUUUCCACUCUGAACUGUAGAAAAGAAACAGAUUUGAUAACUGCGAAAAGAACCACAGGAACGAACUACGGCAUGGUUCAGGUUUUAUUUGUCUCCUGUUUUUCCUGUCUGCAUCUUUAAAAUGAACUAUAUAGAUUUAUAAUCAAUCAUUAUAUCCAUAUGCUUGUGACUUUUAGCAAGACUGAGAGGUUUUCUGAAGGUUUUGUGAUUGACGUGAAGGGAAGGCUCGCUCGUUGAGUUGUGUGGUUUCUUAAGUCCAGGAUCUGCACGACAGAAAUGUUUCUGCAAGUCGGUCUUGCUCAGAAGAUGAAGCGUUUAUCCGGCCCUGAACACGAUUAAACCCUAUUCGACGUGAUUUCUGCGCUUCUUAUGAAACACACGGUGUGGACCGAAGCGUUUGAUAAGUGUCCUUUGUUAACUGUUCACCUUUAGCCCCUCAGUCCUGUACGCUACUAUGACGCUCAGUGAGAAACCCCAGUAUGAAGAGGCUGAGGUGGCCAAGGACUGCUACACAACUCCUUUUUACAUAGCUUUUAAAUGACCUGAGCUGUGUGAUUUUACAUGUCGAUACUGAGAGCAACUGAUUUUAGUGUCCCGUUUGCGUGUGAAUGUCGUUGUUUGAGGAGAAUCGUUUUGUAAUUGUUUGAGGCGGAGCUGUUUGUGAGAGUGCCAUCUGAAGGCUUGGAUGAUGCAGUGUUGAUCUGGUUUUCAGUUGCGUUUUGUGUUUGAGGUGAUUAGAUGACGGCUCCCCCUGCAGGCUUGGAUCUAUUUCUUUAAGGAUUGAUAUGCCUUUUUUGCAGAAGGGUUCACAUGCUGCCCCAGGACUAUUAAAGAGCCUAACUGGCCGAGUUUGGGGCCUUGGUGCUUAUCAUGGCUACCUUGCGGUUAUCGAUAUAAUCCAUAACACAUGGUGAUAUCGCUUUUAGUUUCAGUUGCAAAAGCCUUGGAGCUCGUUAAAGGCUUUACUAUGAUAUUGUGUAAGUGUGGAUUUUAUCCAUGAAGAGGUUUUGAGCGCAGGAGAAAGAUUGAAGUUAAAUGUGCAGGUGCACCGAGUUAUACUGAUGUUUAUGAAGCCCUGAAGCUCUGUUUUUAUGUGAAAAGUGUUGGAACAUCACUCUUUCAACACUUUGUGGCCUUUUUCCUUGCGUUUGAGUGAUCUGCUCUCUGUUAUCUAUCACCUGUAACUCUCUGACGGACCGCGUCUGUCAGCAUGUAGUUUAUAUGAAACCAUACGAUUCUUUAAGUGUCCUUAAGCUGACAACAGUAGAAGUUGUGUUCUUUCUCGGUUUGCGUUCUCUUUGUGUCUGUGUUUAUUAGUGUGAAGAGAGAGUUCGAUAUUAUUUUCCUCGUUGAAAUGCCGUAAACGUGUGCAUGUUGCGAUCUGUGGAAGAAUUGCCUCACUGAAGCAUUUAAUGCCUAAAAGCAGAAAUAAAACCGUAGGCAUGCAAUCAAAAGUGGCCGUCUGUUAAACAUUUUUUUUUUACUACUGUUUUUUUGUAUAACCAAGUGUAAAAGCAAGACACAAACUGCCAGUUUGUUUCAUUUUAUUUUGUGAACCCUGUCUUAACACACACACACACGCUGUGCUGUGUACCAGUUGCCAAAUUAUAUGAAAGGGACGUGCUGCUCUCUCCCAGUUAACUUUGGUAUUGUGUGUACAAGUUAGAAAUCAUACUUGGCUCUCGGUUCAGUUUGUAGGUCAAGUGCCUAAAUCUGGCUGCAGAACUGGGUCCGAAUCAAUGGUUUGCUUUAGCUCGGUGCAUUUCGGUGAAAGAGCCCAGAUUCAAAGCAGAGUCAAAGAUUUCAUAGAAACUUUCACCGUGACCUUCGUAACGCACACAGAGGUCAUUCUCAAUUCAGGGUUUUAAAUCUAGGAUCUGUAACUGCUGAUAGUGACUGUUAAAGGGAUAGUUCACCCAGAAAUGAAAAUCUGAUGUUUAUCUGCUUACGCCCGGGGCAUCCCAGAUGUAGGGGACUUUGUUUCUUCAGUAGAACACAAACGAAGAGUUUUAACUCAAACCGUUGCAGUCUGUCAAUGGGACCCACUGCUUUGAGAGUCAAAGAAAACAUACACAGACAAAACCAAAUGAAACCCUGCGGCUCGUGACGAUACAUUGAGGUCUUAAGACACGAAACGGUGCGUGACACGGCAUAGUAGACGCAUGCGUGUUCUUGGCAUCCAACUUCAGUGGUGCAUUACCGCCACCUACUGUACUGGAGUGUGAACCGGAGCUAGACAGAGAUCAACUAUAACUAGAAGGGAGACUUCCAUCUCUCUUCUUACCCUUCCCCUUUAAUUAAUUAAUAAUAAUGAUGAUUUCCAAAACUGUAUUCUACAUCCUAUUUGCUAUACCAGUUCUGAACAAUGAGUGACGUAUAUCUACUAUGCCAGAGCAGGUUGACGCGUCACACGCCGGAUGUUGUGAACGCGCUCGGGACAUUGCGGUGGAUCAGAGGUAAAAAAUGAUAUAAAUACUGUUCAGUUUCUUGCACAAACCAAUCAUUUCAUUUUAAUUGGGAUUUGUCUGUGCAUGUUUUUUUGGCUCUCAAAGCCGUGGAGCCCAUUGACUGGCAUUAUAUGACUGACAGACUGCAACGGUUUGAGUUAAAAAUCUUCUUUUGUGUUCUACUGAAGAAACAAAGUCCCCUACAUCUGGGAUGCCCCGGGGGUAAGCAGAUGAACAUCAGAUUUGAAUUUUUGGGUGAACUAUCCCUUUAAUGUUGUUGAAAUAACACCUGUACGGAUCCGCCUCGCACGUCUUUAAACAAAAUGUAAAGCUUUGUUUGCAGUGCAAAGCUAAUUCUUAAAAUUCAAGUCGGUGCUGGUUCUUCUCUAACAGAUGUCUGCAGGACUGAACGCAGGAGUAAUGUAGAGUUGAAAAAUACUAAAAUCUCCCACGUUUACACAAAAAUGAUACUGUUUUUGUUCCAAACCUGAUUAACCCCCAUUUCAAAGUAGAAUUUUUUUUUUCAAGAGGAAACUUUUUUUUUUUUCUUUUUAGUUUUUUGUUUGCUGACUGAUGUUUUGCAAACUAAACAUGAAAGGAAAAUAAUUAUAUAGAGUAAUUCACUACUGAAUAAUUGUCAGAUUUUUAAACUAUUUUUAUAGCGUUGAACUAUUGAGAGAUGAACAUUAUUUAGAGCAUAUAAAUAUUUUACUGCUUAUGGGUUUAUUAUUUUUAUACUGUGUGGGAGAAGCUUUCUACCAUUUCAGUGGCACUGCAAAUGAUAAAUACUUUUGGUGACUUUAAAUGUUGUGAAAAGAUUCAAACGUUCCUGCCACUUUCCCUGAUCUGUCAGUGUGUUUUGUUUUGUUUGAGAUUUUAAUUUGGGGUAUGAACAAGUCUGUACUCUGUACAAGUCUAUAUUUUGUUUGUUUUUGAGUAGUGAGAUUCUGGUGGAUAAAAACACGAAGUAAGUGACAAUGAGAAUAAACUUCACACGCUCCCAUUGUUCUGUCAUGUGAGAGACUAAUGAAUAACUGUGCUGUUUUGAUGUGGCUUAGUUGUUUUGAUUUUGUGUACAUAAAUGGAAAUGGAAAAAAAAAAAAAUCUAAUUCACAAAAUACAUGUUUUUAUAAUAUUGUUUGCAGUGAUCAGCCAUCAUAAUUAUUCUGAUAUGUCAAAUUAAAAGAUGCACCAAAGCCUUCUGGAAUAUCAGAUACACGGAACCUAAAUUAUUUUCACCAUGCUUUACAUAGUACAAGCACUGUUACUUUUCUAAUGCUUGCCUGUAUGUUGAGAUAUAUUGGUUUUUAUAUAAAAUGUUAUUAAUAUAUGUAUUUAUGCAAGUCUGUGUGAUGCUUUUUGUAUGUUUGUCCUUUGAUUAAAUCUUUUGCUUAA